AUGUCUAUCAGUAAAUUUACUCAAUGUAAAGAUUUUCUUCCAAUUGCCAUCUUUUUCGUCUCGCGUACACCUUUGACCAUAUUUGGUUGGUUCGAAGUCGUUCCAGAAGAUGGUCGUCCUGUAGAAUAUUUUGAUACAGUCGGUGGUAUAACUAGUGUCAAACCUAAACGAUUUCUAGUCAGAACUUCUACUGUAGGAUAUCAACUUAGUGUAGAGGAUGGCGUCAGCUGUUGGAUGCCAUGUGAAAUUCGAUCAGGUGAAGUGCUCACUACUGGUAUGGUGUACAUGGACAAUAAGAAAAGCAAGUCUCAUUCACAUAUGCGUAAUCUCUUUAAAAAGCUUUUGAAAUCCAGCAAAAAUUCUAAAAAAGAACAGGAUUUAAAGUAUCUCCAAUGUUUUGACAGUACUGGUAAAGAAAUCAUGAUCCCUUUGAUAAUGUCUGGAGUGUUUAGUCCAGUUGGUGAGUCCAAUAGUGCCAAUUAUGAUGCCGUCUAUGAACUUCAGGAUCUAAUCAUGGCGUUCGGUCUACCAGUAAGUGCUCAACUUGUACAUUCAUUAAACAAAGAAGACUCGUCAUGCCCUCAUGGUGUUCUGCGCUUAGAAGAUAGUCGGGAAGAAGAAUUUGCAUACAUCGAAUCUGUGCCUUCAGGUGGUGCCAAAACUCUUAGUGGCGAGAUUCCUUUAGAUAGUGAGUGUCGGUUCACUAGAGAGCUCAAACGGCAUCCCAGAAAGAAAAGAGAGAAAUCCGAACCAAGGCUACCCGCUGAAAAAAAUCAGGAAAAGACUCACGACCGAGAAAAGCCUCAAGAAAAAAAUUCAAUACUUCAGAAGCAGCAAUCAGAAAUAAUCUAUUCAAGCACUUCCGUUGAACUUCCAGAGCGCGUUGAAAGAGAAUUGAAAAAAUCCAAAAGUGUCUCUUUGUUGGAUAAGUUAAGUGUCCGUAGAACCAAAAAAGAACGAGCUAAACUGAAAGCAUUACGCGAGGACGAUGUGUUUUCUAAAAGACUCAGUCGCGGUGAAAUCAGUUACGAGGAUUUUUAUAACGGAUUAAGUGAUGAGGAAAAAGACGAAUCGUCUUUGAGUAAAACUGCUAAAAGUUCUGACAAUGAUUCUGAAACAUAUAAUAAAUCCAAGCAUUCCGAUACAUCGAGUGUUUCUAGUCCUUAUGGAGUAGUUCCUCCGCCUAGUAUUCAAAACCGUGAUUUACCACCCAUUCCCAUAGAAAGCUCAUCUUUUAAUGCUGGUGUCCGAAGAGACUCUAAAGAAUCACUGUAUGAACGUUUACCAGCAGCUCCCCUACCUCCAAAUGGCGUGAAUAAGUUUGACCACGACGAGGACGAUGGUGGUUAUAUGAUUCCCAAAGCACUGCGCCAGGAAUUUGAUUCGCCUUAUCACAUGCGAAAUGGUGGUGAUAGAUCUUCAAAUACUCGCCGCGGUUCUUCGCCAUACGUUGGCUCUCCUAAUGCAGAACAGUACCACGCUGGAUGUGGUAAAACUGGUGAUCACGAGUGUCCUAUUGAUAUAGACAAUUUAUUUAGUUUUGCCUACAGUCAAGACCCCUCCGCCAAACCUUACGGAACUUUAGGGACCACGCAUUACCGGAGCACUUCACAAUUGUAUGCAUCAACACCGGGCAGUCGCAGACCAUGGGUUCAUAAUGGAUCGGAGUCUAAUGUGAGGUUUAUGGACACUUUGGAUCUUCAAACUGCAGGAAAGAAUCAUAAUAUAAGAUACAAGCAGCGAUCACAGAAAGGCGUUAACAGUGAUCCAAACGCUACAAUUCGAAGCCAUAAUUUACGGAAACAUAAAAAUGCUAUGGAAGUCUUUCAUUUUACGGAUUCCUUUCGUGAUUUGCGACAUGGUGGUGGAGCUGAUACCUCCUCGCCUUACGGAGAAGUGCCUAAUCCAGUGUUUUAUAUUGGAAAUGAUACUGGAAUUUACCCUGAAAGUGAACCGGGAUAUAGAGCCAGAUACCAGAGAUCAAUUUCUACUGGAGGAAUCGGUGAAUCGUUCAUCAAACAAGGUGACGAUUCAGCUAUAUCAUUAUGUUCACGUGGUGAUUAUGGAUAUCACCGCGGUGAUAGUGAUUACAGUUACGGUGAAUAUGGUGAUAGUCGAGAUGAUGGGUGGAGUCCACCAGAUGAAAUAGAACCACUCACUGUUCAGGAGGUAUCCAAAUCUCUCCGAUACAUUGGAAUGAAAGAUAGGGUAGUGUUACGUUUUGCUAACGAACAAAUAGACGGGGAAAUGCUAUCUUCUUUGGAUAAGAAACUCAUUAAAGAGGGAUUUCCUGAACUCAAUGCAUUAGAAAUCAAAAAGAUCUUAGACUUUGUUCGAGCUGAUCAGCCCUGGUUUAAUCUUUCAAAAUACAGAAAGGCACUGUUUCUUAAAGAUGUAUAG